AUGAAGGCAGACAUUGAGCGGUUGCUGAUCCAGUUCCAAGAUGAAGCAGGCACCAUUCUGGGGUCCCCUUUCGACGUGCCCAUCGACAUCUCGCCUGAAAAACUGCAGCUGGUCUGCAAUGCCCUUCUGGAUGAGGAGGAGCCCGUCCCCUUGGCCUUCUAUGUGCAAGACUCAGAAAUCGUUGCUUCCUUGGAGAAGACGCUGGCUGAGCAGAAUCUGGAAACUGAGAAGGUGGUGGAGAUCGUCUACCAGCCCCAGGCUGUGUUCAGGGUGCGGGCUGUCACGCGCUGCACCAGCUCCCUGGAGGGGCACAGCGAGGCCGUCAUCUCAGUCGCCUUCAGCCCCACUGGGAAGUACUUGGCCAGUGGCUCCGGUGACACAACCGUGCGCUUCUGGGAUCUCAGCACUGAGACCCCACACUUCACAGCCAAGGGUCACCGUCACUGGGUUCUCAGCAUUGCCUGGUCACCCGAUGGCAAAAAACUGGCCUCUGGGUGCAAGAACGGCCAGAUAUUGCUCUGGGACCCAGCCACAGGGAGUCAGAUCGGCCGGGCGCUGGCAGGACACUCCAAGUGGAUCACUUGCUUGUGCUGGGAGCCUCUCCAUCUGAACCCAGAAUGUCGAUACCUGGCCAGCUCCUCCAAGGAUGGGAGUGUUCGCAUCUGGGACACGGUCAUGGGCCGCUGUGACAAGAUCCUGACUGGCCACACGCAGUCUGUGACCUGCAUCAAGUGGGGUGGAGAUGGCUUGCUGUUCUCCGCCUCACAGGAUCGGACUAUCAAAGUCUGGAGGACCCAGGAUGGAGUUCUCUGCCGCAACCUUCAGGGCCACGGGCACUGGGUGAACACCAUGGCUCUCAGCACGGAUUACGUUCUCCGCACCGGGGCGUUUGAGCCAGCUGAAGCCUCCAUCAACCCCCAGGAUGUGACCGGAUCCUUAGCAGAGAUAAAGCAGAAAGCUCUACAGAGGUACAACCAAGUCAGGGGCCAAGGGCCGGAAAGGCUGGUCUCGGGAUCAGACGACUUCACCCUCUUUCUCUGGGCCCCUGCAGAGGACAAAAAGGCUCUGCAGCGGAUGACAGGGCACCAGGCGCUGAUCAACCAGGUCCUCUUCUCGCCCGACACCCGCGUCGUCGCCAGUGCGUCCUUUGACAAGUCCGUCAAGUUGUGGGACGGGAAGACUGGAAAGUUCUUGACCUCACUGCGAGGGCACGUCUCUGCGGUAUACCAGAUUGCCUGGUCAGCCGACAGCCGCCUCCUGGUCAGCGGGAGCAGCGACAGCACCCUCAAAGUGUGGGACGCCAAGACCCGGAAACUGGCCGUUGAUCUUCCUGGCCAUGCAGAUGAGGUGUAUGCAGUAGACUGGAGUCCCGAUGGCCAGCGGGUGGCAAGCGGAGGCAAAGAUAAAUGCCUACGGAUAUGGAGGAGAUAG